GCCUCUCUCCCUCUCUCUCUCUCUCUCUCUCUCUCUCUCUCUCUGUCUCAGGUUUCACCUUACAUAUCCUCUUCGAGACUUGAAUGCUUCCUUUCUCCAAUUUUUACCUUACUCUGCUCAUAAUUCUUGCGUUUCAAGGUCGAAUUCUCUGCUCCCAUUUGAUUUCUCGCUCCAAGUUUCAUUUUUGGGUUCCAUUUUCUCUAUAUCUGCAGAUGAUCCACAUAUUUCUUCUGAUCAUUUUCAGAUUUUUGAGCUGAAAAUUCAGUUUCUUCUUUGCAUCAUUCCAUUAGCAGAACAAGAGGGGUAUUUUUUUAGCUCCCCAUUUUCCUGCACAAAACAAUCUCCCUCUCUCUCUCUCUCUGUCUGUCUUCGUAUCUUCCAGCGAGAAAGUCACCGGAAAAAAUGGAAAGAACUGUAGAUACCGGUGAGCCGCUUUCUUUCAUGGGCGGUGUCGACAUUCGGUCGUCUCUAUCGGAAGUCUUAUUAACUGGUGGAACAAACCCAUUGGACUCAAUCUUCUCUCAUUGCCCACUUUCAAAUGCUGUAAGCAGUCAAGCUCAGGAGCCGUUAGGUUCCUCUGUCUAUAUCCGCCAGAGAGAGCUGCUGCAAAAGUUCAGCGAGGAAAGCAGGGCUAAUGGUGCGAUUUCCAUUAAUCCUACGUUAUUGACCUUUCAUUACCCUCAGAAGAUUCAAGAUUACACAUUUACUGGUUCGAGUUUGAGUUCUUCAAGGAAGAAGCUUUACAGAGGGGUGAGACAAAGGCAUUGGGGGAAAUGGGUUGCAGAGAUUAGACUCCCUCAGAACAGGAUGAGGGCCUGGUUAGGUACCUAUGAUUCUGCUGAAGCAGCGGCGUAUGCAUAUGAUCGCGCUGCGUAUAAAUUACGGGGCGAGUAUGCUCGCUUAAAUUUUCCUAACCUCAGAGAUGGGGAUAAAUUGGGAUUUGCAGACUCUUCUAAGCUGAGUGCUCUGAGAUCUUCUGUGGAUGCCAAAAUUCAAGCUAUCUGUUUGAAGCUAAGGAAAGAGAAGCCAAGUAAAAGCGCCGUUGCCCAUAAAAGAAGCAGUCCUGAAUCUCCUGAUAACAACAGUGGCAAUGGUGAUGGUGAAGUGGGUGAGAAGAGAAGAAAGAUGGACUCGUCGUCUUCUUCAUUGUCGUCUUCGCCAUUUUCGUCCUCUUCAUUCGUUCCUGGUGAGAAUUGGUGCGAAGAAAUGUUCUCACCAUCUAUUUCUGAGGAAGAAGUUCCAAAGAGUGGUAAUUCGUCGUCCUUUGUUUCCACUAACUAUCCAGUAGUUGCAGAGGAAGAGGGCUUUGAUUUUGAAGAUUGUUCUCUUGCUAGGUUGCCCUCUUUUGAUCCAGAGUUGAUCUGGAAAGUUCUUGCUACUUAAUUUGAUUGGAAAUCCUUCACUUUCAUCACUUUUAACAAAGCUUUAGAAGAUCUGUUCUCAGUAAUUGGUAGUUAUUGUAGCUUUUAAAGAUGGGUUUGAUUGAGAAUGUGAAUCCAUCUGUUCAUUAUUUCAUUUCCUCAAGUUUAUAGAGUUCAGCUAUAAUUGUAAUUGGUACUGUACCCUUUCUUUUAUUUGGGGUUGGUUGGUGAAGAAGGUUUCAGGAGUGUUGUUAUCUUUGUCAUAAUAAAUACAUAAAUAAAGACAAGAUACGAAGUUUGAGUA